AUGAUGCGACCAAAAGAUUUACGGCAGGGCUCUGGCACCAAGACUUUCCUAGAUGCCAUGCAUGGGGGUAAAGUUCACCUCGCGCGCUUCAUCCUAGAUGCCUUGGAUGGACGCAUCAUCAACUCUAAGACAGAAAACAGCCGAACCCCACUUAUCUAUGCUGUCUGCCUACAAGACCCCGGGACCAGGGCCAAGUUCACUCGGCUGCUGCUGGAAAAAGGGGCCCAUGUCAACUGUCAGGAUGAGGAUGGUCGCACAGCCCUGAGUCACGCUUGUGAGAUGGGUCAUCUGGACGUGGUCAAACUUCUAGUUCAGUUCAAUGCAGAUCCGGACAUCUCUGACGCCUGGGGUAACAGUGCACUGAUGUAUGCUGCCUUUUCUGGGCACAGCCAGGUUCUGGAGUUCCUGGUUCGGGCUUUCAAAAGAAUGGGACUGAGGCUAGACAGAACUAAUAAUGCCGGUCACUCAGCCAUCGAGGUGGCCAACUUCUUUGGACACAACCAGUGUGUGCAGAUUCUGAACUUUCCUUGCAGAAGGAGCGUGGGCACUGAUGAUCCACUUGCUCAUGCAGGCACCAGUGGAGACGGAGAGUGUCGGCUGCCCAACAGGCUCCCUCGGCACAUCAUGGAGAGGUUCUCCAAGCAGAUGAAUAACAAUGAUGACCAACUGCCUGGGGUAUUUCAGAGACAGCUGAAGAUUGGGGAUAGCAGUGGGAUGUGGAACCGCUUCAGGUGUCCCAGGAGCCAGUCUCAAGAGGACAACCAUUACCAAAGCUGGGCUCUGCCUACUCAACUUGAGAAAAGCCAGAUCGAGGGGGAUCACAGUGUUAGCUUCACUGCCAAACAACUGCAAAACUGCCAGCUUAGAGACGUAAGAGGGGCUAAAACACUGAACUCUCUGCCUGAGCCAAGCCAGAAAGAUGUCCACCGAGACACUGGACUCCAAGAAAAAAGUUUUCCUUUCUGGGGAAAAGCAAAGUCAUUUAACCUGGACCUUCUGAGCAGCAGAAAGCAAUCCUAUCAGGGUGAUGUGCUUGACAUUAGCCUGUCAGUCAGCAAAUUAAAGAGAGCCUCACUACAGGAUGAGAGAUGCCUGAUAGACAAGAUAGAAUGUCAAGGGAACAUCCGGGACUUGACAAACACUGCUGACAAAACUGUCUCAGUGUCAAAACCUCUUUUUAAUGGCAAGAGUCAGCCUGUGAGAGCACUUGAGGAGAAUGCAAAAUCACAGAAUGAAGAGGCUAAUGACAUAGUUGCAUCAAGCAGGAGAGAGCAGCACAAGAGGGGAAGCUUUGGCCCCACCGGCAGACACAACAAACUGCUGUUUGCAAGAGGGGAGAUGGAGUCAGAGAAGAUCCCCAGCCGCACGCCAGGGUUCAUGGGCCUGGGGACCAGACUGCUGCGUCGAUUCACCGCACCAGAGUUCAUGAGGAUGGUGAUAGACUGCUCACCAGGCUCUUCAAAUGGCAGAGGGCAGAUGUCCCGCUCCGAAACCUUCCCUCUCUCUCACACACAUCAGCAGGUCAACAGCCAGCCAAGCGUUGACAGCAUCAGUGGGGUGAAGUGUGAGUUUGAAAGCUGCUCGUCUCAGUCCACCCUCGAUUAG